AUGUCUGCUCCAUGGCCUUUCGUAGCUUGGGGGAUGGACGUGAUCGGGCCGAUUGAUCCGAAAGCGUCAAAUGGGCAUAGAUUCAUUUUGGUGGCCAUUGAUUACUUCACAGAAUGGGUAGAAGUAGUAACUUUCAAGUCAGUGACAAAGAACGCGAUAUUGGUGAUGUCCAAUAAGUUGAGUGCAUCAUUACAAAGAAAAGAGCAAUAUAUUGUCAAUGCUAUGAUAUUUCUUGACAUUACUAAGACAAGAUUGCAAUUGUUGAGAGAUGAUGGAUGGGUUGCUUUGAUGAAUGAAAUUCGUGUUUUUUGUGAUAAACUUGAAAUAUUGGUACCUAAGAUGGAUGAUUUUUAUUUUUUCGAAAAGUCAAAGCUUACGCCUUCUAGUGUAACUUACUCACAUCACUUACGUGUUCAACUCUUUUAUGCUAUAAUUGACUUGCAACUUCAAGAGCUCUUUUAUGCUAUAAUUGACUUGCAACUUCAAGAGCUUAAUAAUCGUUUUGAAGUUGUGAGUGCUAACUUGCUUAUUAAGAUUGAAUCCAUCUAA